GAAUGAAAGUUCUGAAUCAAUAAUGAAAGAUAAUCUUGACGUUAAGAAAGACGAAUCUCCGAUUCAUAACACUACAACAAUUCUUUCUGAAAUUCUGAAUUAUGAAGCACAGAUCAACAAUCUCGCUGAUGAUUCCACUAAAAAUAAUAAAGAUCAAAAUUUGAAAUUUAUAAAUAACAACUCAAUGGUUAAUAAAAAAGCUGACUAUAAAGUGGUAGGAGAUGAAGUGUUGAAUAAUGAAGGAAAUGAUUUUGACAUUCCUCUCAAUUAUCUAGAGAAGAACCCAAAAAUCAACUCACAUAUAUCAUACAUUACAAAGAGAGACCCAUCUAAUCUUUUUUGCACCUCUCAAGUAUACACAAGCACACCACUUUUGGAUCAUUCAUAUGCUAAACUAAUAUCAAGUUCUGCAGAGAUAUUAUUGGAAGAUAUUGGAAGUUUAGACGAAGAACGUGAUUCACCAACUAAUGGAGAAGAAAAAAGAAGACUGAAGCCCGAGAAUCAGGAAAAAGGGAACAAUGACCAGAAUUUAAUCGCCCCCGCAUCCAAAAAAUGAUAUUUUGUGUAAUGAGGAAAUUGUGAGGAAGAACGUGGGAAAAGUCAAGAAUAGCGAAAAACAUGAAAUAGAAGGCAAAAAAUGAUUUCAAAUGGUUUUUAUUUUCGACCCUACCCUGAAAUCAAAUUACUGAAUGAGAGGAAAACGUCACGGAAAAAAGGAUUUUUGUUACCCAAUGGAUCAAUCUGCAGUUUAAUACAAAUUAAGAAUGCCCAAUAUCUAUGGAAUUUUAAUAAUGAAAAAUUUAAAAAUAUGCCAAUUCAACGCAAUGGAAUUAAAGUUUACGUAAAAAACACCUGUGGGUUUGAUGCACUUGUACACAUCGUACAGUUUUCUGCCCUGGAUAACCCAACGUAUCAUUCAUAUAUAGAAAAUUCAGCCAACACUACAUUGCAAUUAAUCUUCAAUUUUAUGAAAACAGGACUCACUAGUCAAAUUUUAUUAGAUCGCUUGAAAAUUUUUAAUCAAUUUCAUACCAUUGCAAAAGAUCCGAACUCCAUUUCUCUUUCUCCGUAUUUUCUUGAUGCAGAGACUUUUAUAACACGUGCAUGGAGCAAUUUUCUUGACAGUGAGCCCAGUGGAUUUAAAACCUAUCAGUGCAGCAAUAAGGAUUGCAUCGGAAAA